AAAAUACGAUUCGAUAGGUUCAAAGUUCCUGUCCACAGUAGCACGGAUAAACAAUUAUUCAGCUCACGCCAGUUCGUGGAAACCCUUGGAAAUUAACAGCCUGCCAAUUCAGUGGCUGUUGUGUUGUCAAUACAUAACUUCCAACUUCGAAUUAUCCUUUCCUGGGAGGCGAGCGUGCACUCAAAAGGAAAUUCAAAGUUGCCGGAACUGUUGCGCUUACAAGACCGUUUGGUACAGUGAUGGGGUUGAUACACCAAUGUGUUUCAAAUUUGCUUUUCCGGAUGUCAUCAAGUUACAUCCUGAAGAUGAUUGGUGUGUUUACAGUUUGCACAUCGGGGUAGAGUGGCUGCCUAUCGAUUCUUCGCAAAACACGAGUGUCAUCUUUGGUGACUGGACACGGCCCUCAUUGCUCCCUUCAUAGAAGUUUGGCAAUAUGUCUUGAUUCACUUGCACGCCGAAGUCGUCUCUAUGGAUCUUUCAUUGCCAUUCUUUUUCCCUUUCCUCGAGUAGAUUUUCACGAGAAUGAUUUAUCCCUGUGAAAAUCGAGGAUUACUGAACAUUCGAGUCUUGAAAAUUCCUUUGUUAUUCACUAGUAUGGUCUCGAAUAUAUGAUGUUGAAAAUCAUAGAACGCCAUUUUGUUCGGCCGCCAAGAUGGUUUGUUCUUCUCCCCCAACAACGCAUGUGCGGAUACGGUAGAUAUAAAGAAAGCAUAAUCGCGAUCAUGACAAAUCACAUCUGAUGACCAUUUACUGAAUACUUGAAUGCUUCGAAACAAUACCUAUGUCCGCGAUAGUCUCAAAAGUAUCUAUUUUUGGGUCAGCAACUGGAUUAGUUCGACAUGACGCAGCAACCUUCGCCUGUCGUAGUCAAUGGCUCAGGAAAGAUUGGCAUCAUUAAAAAUGGGCAGAAGCAUGCGGAUGGAUCACUCAGAAUUGAGAGGGUGUUUCCUAUCCGUAUCGAAACAGAUUCAGUAGUCGACAAAAAAUCCCAUGACUCUGGCGUUGCAAAAGCUCAGGAAGUGCCAGAUGAUACGGCUUCUACAAAUGUUCCUGUUGAAGCACCCGAGACUGAAGGUUGCAUUAAUCAAAGGCACCCAAAUGUGGUUUUAGCAGAAUCCUGCCAGCCAUUAUCGCCCUCUCAACACACUUUCAUCACAACUUCAACCCAUCAUCUGAUCUCUGACAGUAAGCCCACUCCCAAUCAUGCUAUUAAUGAGAUUGUUCGUCGUUGUGAAGAUGAGCCCAUUCAAAUUCCUGGAUCUAUUCAAAGCUUCGGUGCAUUAUUAGCUCUCGAGGAAAAAGACGACGGUCGGUUCUUGGUCCGAAUCGCAAGUGAGAACUCAGAAAGUAUCAUUGGCCGCAAGCCCGAAGAUCUUUUCGCACUUCCUUGCUUCACUCAAUUGCUAAGUCCAGUGUACGAAUUGGACUUUAGAGCCCGAAUUGAAUCCAGAAAGCUCUGGCAUCAAAAGGAACAUCUCAAAGCAUAUCCAGAUAUUUUUACGACGAUACUGGAGUCAAUUCCUUAUAUUCCUAUGUACUGCGCUUUAAAUUUUCGUGAGGAUGCGGGCUUAUUCAUAUGCGAAUUUGAGGCGAAGAAUGAUUUGAUGACCGACGUUCCUCCGGAGAAUUGGAAUCUGCCUGGAGAACAGGUCAAUAUUAUCGAUAAUCAAGCUACAGAAGAGGAGCGAAUCAUAUCGACGACAAAAUAUAGUGAGCCAUUUCGCACGAUACAAAGGACCAAGAACAGACUCGGCGAGAUGGAAAUGUUUCAUCUUGGCUGUGAAGUUCAGGAGCAGCUGAAUUCAGCCACUUCAAUAUCAUCUCUACUCGACAUAGUUGUUGGUCUUGUCUUUGAUCUGACUGGGUUUCACCGAGUUAUGGCUUAUCAAUUUGAUGAAGAUGACGCAGGGUUGGUUAGAGCAGAGUACAUUGAUGAAAGAGCAUCGUUGGACCUCUAUCGUGGCCUCAAGUUUCCGAAUACCGAUAUUCCGAUCCAGGCUCGGCAACUCUAUGCGCUCAACAAAAUCAGGUUACUCUACGAUCGAACUGAAAAGACAGCCAGGCUUAUGUCUUCAACCAAGGAAUAUAAUCCUAAAAGUCUCAACCUCUCAUCAGCAUAUUUAAGGGCCAUGUCACCCGUUCACAUCAAAUAUCUAAAAAAUAUGGGUGUACGGGCUUCAUUCUCCAUCUCUUUGAUUGUGGAAGGUCGAUUAUGGGGUUUGAUCUCUUGUCAUGAUUAUGGUCUGGAAGGCAAAAGGGUUUCAUUCCCAAUGAGGGAGCUUUGCCGAAGUCUAGGAGACUGUACAAGCAACAACAUUGAGAAAUUAAUCUACCUCUCUCGGAUACAAGCACGACGGCAUUUGGGAAAAGCACCACCUAAAACCUCGCCAUCACAAUAUGUUGCUGCUUCAUCCAGAGAUUUAUUGCAAAUGUUUGAAGCAGAUUUUGGGUUCUUGGCCAUCAAAGAUGAAGCAAGAACAAUCGGGCGCUUGUAUGCAUAUAAUGAAAGUAUCUCUCUGCUUCAAUAUAUUCGCAAGAAGUCGCAUACAUUUGUCUUCCACACUCAGAACAUUUCUGCGGACUGUACUGAUAUCAUGUUUCCCGCGCAUUUUGUUUUGAUUUCAGGAUUCCUUGUGAUUCCAUUGUCUUUGUCAGGAUCAGAUUUUCUAGUCUUUUUUCGUAAGGGACAACUGAAAGAGGUCAAGUGGGCUGGAAAUCCAAAUGAGAAAAUAUAUAAGCCUGGCACACAAUAUCUUGAGCCGAGGGCAAGUUUCAAAAGAUGGAGCCAGCAUGUGAUAGGCACUAGUCGAGAAUGGACACGAGAACAAGUUGAGUCCGCAGGCGUCUUAAGUGCAUUGUAUGGAAGGUUCAUUGAAGUCUGGAGACAAAAAGAGGCUAUUGUGCAACAAAACCGGAUGACACGAUUGUUGAUCAGACAAGCUGGAGCUGAAGUUCGAAACCCUUUAAAUGCUAUAAUUGGCUAUCUCGAAAUAGCACUCGAAGAAGUUCUCGACGACCAAGCCCGUCUACACCUAGAGAAGUCUUUAGGUGCAUCAAGAUCACUUAUCUUUGUUGUAAAUGAUCUUCUCAAUUUGACAGAAGCAGAAGGAGAAGAUCCUGAAAUGUCCCAUGAUAAUGUUGUUUUGGCAGAAAUGAUGAGCGAUGUUAUCAAUGAUUUCGGUGAUGAAUGUCAAAAGAAGAGCCUAAAUAUCAGAUUUGCCGAAAGUACGGAUACUCCUCCCGUGGUAAAAUGUGAUGGCGUGCGUUUGAGACAAACGAUUACUAAUUUACUAUCAAACACCGUGAAACACUCAACUGCUGGUGAUGUGGUUGUUGGGUUGAAAAAUGUUGAAUCAGAUGAUGAUAAGACCCGAGUCGAGAUGUUCUUUACCGACAAUGGGUCUGGAUUUACCGAACCCGAACUUGACGGUAUAUUCCAAGACUUUGAAAAAGUCCUCGACGACGACGAGGAUGUAGACGAAGCACCAUGUCUCAACGAAGAAAAAUCCUCCAUCGGUCUCGGUCUCGCCGUCGCAGCCCGAUUCGUCCGACUCAACGACGGCAAAAUAGUAAUUAACACCCAAUCCGGCCACGGAACCACCGUCACAAUUUCAAUCCCGUUCCGCAAAUCCGAAGGGGGACAUCACUUUACCGCCAGAGCUCCCCGCGUAGAUGCUUCCGCUCCAUCCCUCAGCACCGAAAGUCCCAUUUCCGAAAAUGGUAUCCAAUGCGAUACCCCCGAAAACUUCCAAGUCCCUCCUCCCACCCCCAUCAAAGACCCCUUCCUCACCUCUACAACCGAAGUCAUCGAUUCCCCCACCUCAAUUCCCACACCCUGCACCUGCUCGCACUCCUCUCUCUCUCGCUCUCUCUCCCUCUCCACUAAAUCCGUAACCACCAAUCCCGAUUACCAACUGCAAUAUCCCUUCCCUAUCAUGGAGUUGCCUCCCCAACCCGAGAUCCGCAAUCUCAAUGUCCUCGUCGCAGAAGAUAAUCCGCUGAAUAGUCGACUGUUGGAAGAACGGCUUAGAAAAAGAGGACAUGUGGUUACGGUGAAGAUUAAUGGGCAAGCGUGUGCGGAGGCGGUGAUGGCGACACCCGAUGGUUUUGAUAUUGUUUUGAUGGAUAUACAGAUGCCCAUCCUCAACGGUUUCCUUUCCACAACCCGCAUUCGCUCCUUCUUCAGCACCAUCAACACCACCAGUACCAGCUCCAGCACACUCCCCUCCCUUCCCCUUUCCCCACGAGCAAAAAUCUACGGCCGUCUCCCCAUCAUCGCCGUCUCGGCUUCUCUGGAAGAAUCAAAAAGAGAUGAAUAUGUAAAUUGCGGUUUUGACGGCUGGAUUCUCAAACCGAUUGAUUUUCGGGUGUUGGAAGAGUUGCUGAAGGGGGUGGAGGAUGAGGAAAUAAGGGAUAGGUUGGUGUAUGGGAGGGAGGGGUCCAAGUGGAAAAAAGGGGGGUGGUUAAGGGGGACGGGGUGA